CCUUGAGGACAGACUACAAACAUGUGCUGCUGUUCGAAACGUUAUUCCAACACCGCCAAAAAGCUGUGGGCGUUUGGUGGUGUGGUAGCCAUUUUCGUGGCGGCUGCCUUUUUCGGUUUUGGUCUGCCGGCCAUCAUCGAUGCCGUGGCACUGACGGAAUUCCGCAUCAAGGAGGGUGCCCGUGUGUACGAGAACUUCUUCGAUGGUGAGGUACCGAUCUUUUUCGACAUCUAUCUCUUCAAUUGGACCAAUCCGGAAGAUAUCCGUGACCCGAACGUGCGGCCAAACUUUGUGCAGAUGGGACCGUACGUUUUCUCCGAGCGGCAUGAGCGUGGUAUGGUAUCGUUCAACGCGAACGAUACGAUCACCUUCAACCAGAAACGUAUCUGGCACUACAUUCCCGAACAAUCGAACGGCGAUUACUUCAACGAUCGUGUAACAACGCUCAAUCCAAUCCUGGCAACCGUCGGUAAAACGCUUGAAGGUGACCCUUUACUGCCCCUACUCGACGGUAUCAUUAUGGCAAACAAUCUUGCCGGCUUCCUUUACGAAGAUGUGCCAGUGCGUGAGAUGCUGUUUGAUGGACAUCCCGAUGAGCUGCUUACGACGCUGCGAGAUUUGCUUGGCGUAUUACCGCCAGGCACAGUGCCAGACAUCAACCUGCCACCUUGGGAAGGUUUCGGGUGGUUCGUGGAGCGCAACGAAAGUCUUACCUAUGACGGUACCUUCCAAAUGGGCACGGGCACUGAUAAUCACAUCAACACGGGCGUAAUGCGCCAGUGGAACAAUGCUCCCCAGGUGCCAAACUAUCGUGGCUUCUGCGGGCAGGUUCGUGGAUCGGCGGGAGAGGUAUGGCCACCGAUGGGACGUAGUUUGAACAGCUUUCCGCCACUGAAUCUCUUCCUGCCGGAUCUGUGCAGUGCGAUCACACUGCGGCACGAGCGUGAGUUUACGGUGCACGGGCUGGACGGAGAGCUGUGGGUGGGCGAUGCACGAAACUUUGACAACGGACACACGAUUCCCGAAACGGAAUGCCAGUGUACGGCACCGGUCGACCAGUGCCCAUUCUAUCGGCCCGGUGUGCUCGAUGUCUCGGAAUGCAAGUUCGGUGCCCCGCUCGUUGUGAGCUAUCCACACUUCUAUCUCGCACAUCCUAGCUACCGUACUGCCGUUACGGGCAUGAAUCCGGACCGUGCCAAGCACGAAUUCCGUUUUGCAUUGCAUCCCUUCUCAGGAAUACCCAUGACCGCGAAUGGUCGUAUUCAGUACAACAUGCAUCUCAGAGAUAAUGGUAUGGUCUUGUUCCAAGGCGUACCAGACAUAAUUAUUCCUGCGUUCUGGAUCGAGCAACGCAUGGUACUAACGGAAGACAUUGCUGACGAUCUUAAGCUUAUCGAAAACCUUCGAUGGGGCUUUAUCUAUACGGCAUUUGCCCUAUGUGGUGUCGGUGCGUUACUUUUCGCGCUGUCCCUUUAUGCUGCUUUCUUCGUGUGGAAGGACUCAAACCUAUCCACCAAACCGAUUUGCUAUACAACAAUGUGUUCAUCAUGUACCGACUUCCAGAAAAAGUUUAUAUCGCUCGGUUGCUCAGCGUUCCUUAUACUUCUUGCCGUUGCGCUGGGCGUACUGUGGCCAUCGAUGUCAGACCAGAUUCUUCAUAAUAAACUUGUAAUCAAAAAUGGAUCGUCGAACUAUGAUAAUUGGAUCAGAACACCGAUACCAAUGUAUCUGGAAGUGUACUUCUUUAACUGGACCAAUCCAGAUGAGCUCAAGACGAAUGCAAGUGCGAUACCGCACUUUGUAGAAAUGGGACCUUACACGUUUUCCGAGGUCCACGAGCGUGUCAAUCUUGUGUGGAACGACAACAACACGGUAACGUAUGAGCAACGCCGCACCUGGCACUUCGUACCGCAACUUUCCAAAGGAACGCUAGACGAUGAAGUUACAAACUUGAAUGUUAUCACGUUGAAUGCAGCCCAUUUCUUGCGCAAUACUAAUGCGAUACUAAAACCUGCUAUCGAUUUUUUGCUCAAAACGGAUGGUUCCUUGCUGUGGAAAAACAAACCUGUACGGGAGCUGCUAUUUGAGGGUGUUAAGGAUCCGCUUUUGGAUUUGCUAAAGACACUGAACACUACGGAACUUAACAUACCUUUCGACAAAUUUGGUUGGUUUGUCGGGCGGAAUCUAAGCGACACUUUCGAUGGAACAUUUACAAUGAAAACGGGUGCAGACGGUUUGGACGAGAUGGGUUUUCUGACACAGUGGAACGGCGCACCAAGCACCGGCAUGUAUCGGGGUAAGUGUGGUGAGGUGUACGGUACAUCCGGCGAACUGUGGCCCGCCACAAACUCAACACAGCCAAACAUCACACUCUUCCCGUCGGACAUUUGCCGUUCAAUAACGCUGCAGGCGGCGGAGCAGGUAUCGCUUUACAACAUCCAGGGCAUGAAGUAUGUAGGUGAUGAACGGGUUUUCGAUAAUGGUGUCAAGUUUCCGGAGACAAGCUGCUGGUGUAAUGCUGAUCCAUCCCACUGUCCCGAUUUAAAGCCCGGCGUUUUUAAUGCCUCGGCCUGCAAGUACGGUUCCCCAACGUUCGUUUCGUUUCCACACUUUUAUCUAGCGGAUGAAAGCUACCAAGCUGCCGUCAGUGGACUGCGACCGAAUCGUACGGAGCACGAGUUUUAUAUGGCGAUCGAGCCGACCACGGGUAUACCGUUGGAUGUGCGUGCCCAACUGCAGAUCAACGAACACUUACAACCGAUAAGUGGGUACAGUUUCUACAAGCAUGUACCGGAUGUAAUGAUACCGAUGUUAUGGUUCCGCCAGCGUGCUACCCUUACACAAGUGCUGGCCGAACAAGCUAAGCUGGCGCUCGCUUUACCAUCGCUUGGGAUCUACGUGGCUGUAUUCUUUGGUUCCAUCGGUACUAUCAUGACAGCUGUGUUCGUAUUCUGUAGCAUUAAAAAGUGGUCACAAAACACGGACCAGCAGGUUCCAUACGAAGAGUUGGAAAGCUAA